AUGCCUCGUCGAGCAACGUCUCCCGACGCAACAGAAAACACUCGAUCGAAACGGGAGAAGGUCAAGGUCAAAGAGGAGAAAGACAAAGGCAAGCAGCGGGCCCGUGUUGAAGAGGAAAACGAGGACGACGCACAGGACGAACAAGAAGAGGAAAAUACACCCCCGGACUAUGAAGAUGAGGGCGAAGAAGGGAGCCCUAGAGGACCCAAGCGCAGACGAACAAAUGUGAACGGCGAUUCUGCCCCUAGUGGGAGUGGCACUCAGCUUCCAAAGCGAGAGAACGUCAAAACACUUCCCCGUGGCGAUGAUGGAUACAUCCCUGGUUCUAUAGUUCGAAUUCAACUCAGAAACUUCGUCACUUAUGAUUUUGUCGAAUUCUUCCCUGGCACACAUCUCAACAUGAUCAUCGGUCCCAACGGGACUGGUAAGAGCAGUAUUGCCUGUGCCAUCGCACUGGGCUUGAACUUUCCUCCCAGCAUUCUGGGUCGUUCCAACGUCUUGGGCUCGUAUGUCAAAAUCGGCACAGAGAAAGGAUACAUCGAAAUCGAACUCAAAGCACCCAAGGGAAAGAAGAACUACGUUAUCCGCAGGACUAUCAUCGCCAUCACGAACAACUCUUCUUUCACCUUGAAUGGCGUUUCGGCUUCUGGGACUGAGAUCAAGACCAAAAUGGCCGAGCUAAAUGUGCAGGUCGGAAAUCUAUGCUCUUUCCUUCCUCAAGAUAGGGUGUCCGAGUUUGCUGGGAUGUCACCUCAGCAAUUGCUCAAAGAGACUCAGAGGGCAGCCGGGAACCCAAAUCUCGAAAAUUGGCACGACACUUUGAUUAUUGCAGGGAAGGAGCAUAGAGAAGUUCAACAGAAAAUUAAAGACGAAGAAAGCACACUGAAACAAAUGAUAGAGCGUAAUGAGGGCAUUGAGAACGAUGUUGCGCGAUACAAAGAACGCAAAAAGAUUGAACACGAGAUUGGUCUUCUGAAUUUGCUAAUCCCAGUGGCGGAGUAUCGAGAGUCUCGCGUCAAGUAUUUCGAAAUAAAGGAACUUCAACGCAAGCUUCAUGCAAAGGUCCAGAGACUGAAAGAGAAGAACGAACCUGCCCAUAAACGUCUAAAGGAAAUGGAUGCAAAUCUUAAGGACACAGAGAAGCGUAGAGAGAAGCUGAAAGAUUCCACUCAGAAAAUGUUCAAGGAUUUAUUAGCAGCGGCUGAAGUAUGCGAUGAAUUGGGGGUCGAAUCUGACAAAAUCGCGGAUAAAUUGGUCGCUCUCAAGGAAUCGGAGAAGGAGCGCGAAAAGGAUAUCAAAUCUCUUACGCAUGAGAUCGCCCAGUUGAAAGAAGAGCUUAAUAAACCGCCUCCGGAGAAUCUCCCAAAGGAAGCGGAUCUGCAGACUGAGAAGACGAAACUUAAUGCGGAACGUAACAUCAACCAAAAUAAGAAAAUGGAGCUGGAUGAUCUCUUGAAGGACGUGCACAACAAGAUCGCUCGCGAGAAGCAGAAUCAAGCUAGAGCUCAUGCCGAACUAACGAAGCUCGCCGAUGACGACGCCCAAAAGCUGAACCACAUCGCUCGAUGGGACCGCACCGCAUACGAAGCCAUCCUCUGGGUUCGCAAAAACAGGGACCUGUUCAAGAUGGAGGUCUUCGAGACACCGUAUAUGCGCGUUACGAUGAAAGACCUGCGGUACGCCAAUGUACUUGAAGCGUGCAUCGGAGGUCAGAUGAGGACGUUUAUAACGCAGUGCCAGGAAGACUGCGAUACCAUCAACAGACUCGUCAAUGACGCUAACAUGUUUGGCCCCAAUGGGAAAAUCACCACCUGGUUCCGCCCGUACACGGAGAAGAACGAUACCGCUCCUCCGAUGUCCCGAGAAGAGCUCCGCGAGCUCCGUUUUGAUGGCUAUGCGCUGGAUUACCUCGAAUUUCCUCCUGGCAUGGAGUGGUUCCUCCGGUGCGAAGUGAACCUCCACCGAAUCCCCAUCGCCCUAGACGAGCGCCACGUGAACGUCGAACGCGCAAUGGACCUCGUCGCGCGCAGUGGCGGCGGCACCUUUUUCUGCGGCUCGACGGCGAACAAGGUGUCGCGGUCCAAGUACGGAGAUCGGCUCCCUUUGAAUUUGACGUCGGAUGUGAAGCCGGCGAAGAAUUUGAGGACGCUUGCUAUCGACCCCGAUGUGCAGAGGCAGAUUAAAGAAGCGAUCGCGCAGGCUGAGAUGAACCUUGCGAUAGCUGAAGAGGAGAAGAGCGAUAUUAACAAACGAUUGGAUGGGGUUUAUGCUAAGGACAGGGAGUUCCAGCAGCGACAUAAUGAGAUCAAGGAGAGAAGCGAACAGAUUAAGAAUGAGUUGAAGCGUAGGCAGAGGAAUGAGGGGUUACUCAAGGCGAAAUCGGCGAACCUGAAAAAACUGAAAGAUGCACCCUCCAUCGAGGAGAAGAGGAAGGCGCUGAGGGAGCAGCUCAAGUUGAAUGCUGUGCAGCGCGCUAAGCAUGCGAGGGAGUAUACGGACCUUGCGUACACUAUCAUCGCGCAACACGAUAAAUGCACGAUCGCGGCGUUGGAGUAUAUGCAGAUAUCAGCUAACAAACAUGCGCUUGAGGAGCUGUGUAAUAGGAAAGAUAAGCAGUACAGCGAUACACUACAGGAGUUCGGCCGAGUGCAAGAACAAUAUAUGGAGAUCAAAGCACAGUCUAAACGCGCCCUUGAAGAAACGCGCAAGAUGCUCGAUGAAGCUCCAGAGGAUGUACGAGCCGCAUACGACGAAAUCGAAGUAGCACGAGUUGCAUGGGACAACAAACUCAAAGAAAAAGAAUCACGAUCGCGGCGGCGUGACGGGGACGAGGACGGCGACGACGAGUCACGGGAAAGGGGAAGGGGAAGGGAAAGGGAAAGGGAAAGUGAAAAGGAGGAAGCGAGGCAGAGCGGGGUGGAUGUGCGUACGUCCGAUGAGUUGAAAGAGGAGUUGGAGGCGCAGAGUGCGAAGUUGGAGUUGAAUUUGCAUACGAAUGCUGGUGUUGUUGAGUUGUAUGAGAAGAGGAAGAGGGAUAUUGAACAGAUGACCAAGACGCUUGAGGAGAGGAAGAAGAAGGAAGCGAAGAUUGAGAAGGAGAUUAAAACUGCCCGAGAUAAUUGGCAGCCUGCGCUAGAGGCACUUGUAGCGAGGAUCGGUGCAAAGUUUUCGUUGGCUUUUGAUCGUAUCGGCUGCGCGGGCGAGAUACGGAUAAGCCAGGACGCCGACUAUGAGAAAUGGGCGAUUAAUAUUUUUGUAAAGUUUCGCGAUGGCGAGAGGUUGCAGCAGCUUACGGCGCAUAGGCAGUCGGGUGGCGAACGGUCGUUGACUACGAUUUUGUAUCUUAUGAGUUUGACGGAGGAAGCUCGCGCGCCGUUCUCGCUCGUCGACGAGAUCAACCAGGGCAUGGACCAGCGCGCCGAACGCGCCGUACACAACUCACUCGUGAACGUGACAUGCCAAGCAGACAGCGCACAGUACUUCCUGAUCACACCGAAGUUGCUGCCGGAUCUGCAGUACCAUGAGCGGAUGAAGAUUUUGUGUGUGUAUAAUGGGGAGUGGCUGCCGGAUGAUUUGCCGGAGGAUGGGAGUGCGGGGAGGAUGAGGGGGAUGUUGGAUUUGUAUGAGGCGAGGCAUGGGAGGAAGGGGGCGGCGGGGAGGGCGGGGAGAGGGGAUAUUUGA